AUGAUCCUUCUUAUCGAUUCCUAUGACUCGUUCACCAAUAACUUGGCUGAUUUAAUCGCGAAGGCGACUGGCCAAGAAGUGGUGGUGGUCCACAACGACUCCAUUCCCCCAUCUGACUACGCCACAUUUGCCCAGGAUUACUUACGAAACUUCGACUGGGUGGUCAUUGGUCCUGGGCCAGGGCACCCGGCCAACGACAGCGACGUGGGAAUCAUCAAGUGGCUCUUGGACCAGUACCACGAUCCUACUUUCGUUAAAGUGCCAAUCCUCGGGGUUUGUUUGGGGUUCCAGGCGGUUUGCCACGCGUUUGGCUCUGAUGUUGAGCGCUUGGAUGUCGUCCGUCACGGACAGGUGUUCCCGCUCGUUGUCACUGACACUCUGGACCUUUUCGCUGGUGGCUCAUCACCAGUGGACGUUGUGCGGUACCACUCAUUGUACGUGCCUCUGAUUGGUGAUGACCUCAAGCAACUCGCUUACUGUGAAGAUGAAGGUAAGGCAAUCCUUAUGGCGGUGAAGCAUCGUGAAUUGCCUCUUUAUGGGGUGCAAUACCAUCCUGAAAGUGUGUGUUCUACGCAAGGUUUGGACCUCAUCAAAAACUUUGCUGAUAUCGCUAAACGUUGGAAUGAUGAACAUCGUCAACAGAGAAACAUUAAUACGGAAGCUGUUGAUAAACUCAAAGGAAUAUAUUCCGUUCAUUUCGAGCCCUUGAUUGAAUCCGGUGAAUUCGCGCCUCAAGCCGAUAAGAAGCUCAUUCUGAAAACUAUUUCUCUUGAUGAUAACGUGGGUCCGGUUGAUGUCUGUGAUCAUUUACACCAUGAGGGUAUACCGUUCGUGUUACUAAACUCUGCGGCUGUGCCUGGUGAAUGGUCUGUUAUAGGUUUGCCAAUUGAGAAUCAGAGUGAGGUGAUAACGCAUCUGGUCGAUACCAAUGAGGUCACCAUUUCAUCCUACGGUUCAAAGGAGAUUAUCAAAAAAUGGGAGGGCAGUGGAUGGGAAUAUCUUGGUCAACAGAUGAAACGUAACUAUGUAUCCCCCGAGAACCUUAAGUUGCCUAAUCCAUCCAUUCCUUUUGUUGGAGGGUAUAUGGGCAUUAUAAGUUAUGAGGAGGGUCAACACAUCACAUUACUGAAACUUCCAAAAAUCUGCAAUGGGCCCGCGCCCGACAUGAAACUUGUUUGGAUUGAUCGAGUCUUGGUGUUUGACCACAUUCAACGCCAAUGGCACAUUAUGUCUUUCCUUGACGAUGACGAUUCUUGGAUAGAUCGAAUUGUUAACGGGAUGAAUAAUGUAAAACCUAUUGACCUUGAAUCGAUUCCAAUGACGGUAGAAGCAAUUGGCGAGGGUAACAUCGAGUACGAUUUACCGGUAUUGGACGUUUAUCGCGAGCAGUUUGCUAGAUGCCAAGAGUACUUACAUUCAGGCGACUCCUAUGAACUUUGUCUCACAACUCAAUCUACCAUCAGGGUCCCGACUUCAACUAAAGCAUGGGAUAUCUACAAAGUGUUGACUCUUCGCAAGAACCCUCUGCCGUAUCUGUGUUUCUUUGAGUUUGAUGAUUGUGUCCUCAUAUCAUCAUCACCUGAAAGAUUUCUUUCUUGGAAACGUACCGAGAAUGGCAAGCUUGCUCAAUUACGUCCGAUCAAAGGUACUGUUCGCAACACCCCUGAAGUCACUUUUGCCGAUGCGGAGCGGAUUUUGCGGACGCCCAAGGAGAUGGGAGAAAACUUGAUGAUUGUUGAUUUGAUCCGCCACGAUUUGCUUCAAUUCUUACCCCAGGUCGAUGUGCCUCAAUUGAUGCGAGUGGAGGAAUAUGCAACCGUCUACCAAUUGGUUAGUGUGAUCAAUGGGUACUUGGCUGAUAACGGUUACAAAGGUAUCGACGUUCUCUGCAAUUCGCUCCCACCUGGGCUGAUGACAGGCGCCCCUAAGAAGCGAAGCAUCGAGCUUCUUCAAGACAUAGAAGCUUUGCAACCUGGCUACGGCCGCAGAGGUAUCUAUUCCGGAGUGGUGGGAUACUGGUCAGUGACGGACGACUCUGACUGGCUGGUAGUGAUCCGCUCCGCUUUCCAUUACCCUGACGAUAAACUUAACACUGAUACCACCAAGCUUUGGCGCAUUGGAGCUGGUGGUGCGAUCACGGUACUCAGCAAUCUUGACGACGAGUGGGAAGAGAUGCGGUUGAAGUUGACGCUGGCACUCCAAGCAUUCACUAAUAACGUAAAUAGCUAA